AUGGACAUAAACCUGGGAGCCCAGGGACACAAAGAGACCUGGAGACCUUUCAUGGGACGGUCAUACAAGUUCCCUCUCUCCCCCUGAAUGGGGGGUAGGGGUCUCUCAUCGCAGGGCAGCUUAUUGUGGUGAAAGGGUUCAGUUCUAGGACUUCAUUAAGCCCCUCUAUUGUUAACAUCUGGGUGAGAAAGAAUGGCUCUUUCUCUGGUAAAUUGUGUCCCGGCUUUACAAAGGGAUUUUAUUACGCUACGGCGUUGACAUUGGCAGCUACUGGCACGCCUGGCAAUGGAAAACCUUCAGCUGUUUCAGUCACAGGAGAUCAAUCAAAGCAGCCUGUUUCCCUGAAGCCUUAGAUUUCAUCCUGAAACGGGGAAGUGGGAGACCUAGAAUAAGCAGUGUGUGACUGUUCUUAUUCUAGAGCCCAGAGACUCGGCAGGCAAGUACUUCCCCCUUUGAGCACUUCCUGACUGCUCAGCUCACACACAGUCGGUUGUAACACUGUCAGACUAGUCCAGACAAAACACUUGCUCACACUUCAGUCCCCAGUGAACUAGCUAGCCACUGACAUUCCCAUCCCAUCCAUGUGCCACUCACUCUCACCCCCUCUUUUAAUAUCUCUCCCUCUCUCUUGCUGACUCUCUCUCUCUCUCCUCUCUCUCAGUCUCCAUCCAUUCCCUGCUAGGGAUGCGGCUGCCAUAGCAACUGCUGAGUCACUCCCGGCUCUCUGCUCUCAGCUGCCGUCCUCUAAUGUGAUUGUUUCAGUGAGGGGGGAAGCCAGGCCCUCAGUCAUCCACCCUGUCUGCAUGCGUGAGCAUAUUGAUCAGAGUACUCCAACACGUACAUUUGUUGCAGUCGAUUCAGUCGAACGUAAAGAUCCAUCGCUGCGGGUGUCGGAGCCAGAGGAUCCUGGGGGAGCUCUACAGGCCGAACCUAACGGGAUCCUUUCAGAUGGGCAACUUUCCCACCACGGUGAAGCACUGCCUGAGCUACGAGGAACUGAUCCAGGAUUAUCCAUGGCUAGCACGCUGGCUGCAGGAGGAGAAGGUGGGAGUCGUUGUCUUGAUUUUGCUGCUCUGCGCACAUGACUCACUCAUGACAUAGAGGGAGGGUGAAGGGCGGGGACAUGUGAAAGGACAGAGAGGGGGAAUCAGCCAGGGACGUAGAAACAAAUCAAAUCAAAUUUUAUUGGUCACAUACACAUAUUUAGCAGAUGUUAUUGCGGGUGUAGCGAAAUGCUUGUGACAGGCACUAUAUUAAGUGACAUCACACUGUGCAAAUGCUCUAUGCUCUAUUUCUGAAUACAUUCCAUUGUUGUGAUAAGAGCAUAUACAAUAGUUUGUAUGCCUAUUAAGUAAUAACCAAUCUGUUUAAUAUUGUACCACUGUUGACUUGAGGCCUAAAAGCAGGAUCCUGUUCCUCCCCCACUGUCUGAAGUAUUUUUAUUAUCAGGUAGAGAGAGUGCAUAAAGUGAGAACCCGGUUACUUCCUCUCCUCCUCUCAUCUGUUCCCUCUACCACUGUUAGAUGAGUUACUACUCAGAUAUAACAUCCCCAAAUCUGUAAUAUUGUUGUUGGUGGACUGGUUUUGUUGUCAACUGUCAAAUAGACUGUAGAUACUUUUAGAUACUCAAAACGGACACACAUUUCACUGUUCAAAGAAAACGUAUUUCAUGCAUUAUUAAAGUGCCAGCAGUGACCUGAAGCUGAAGUGUUCUGGGCUUAAGGGCUUAAGGUUGUAACACACAUUAUGGUAGAAGAGAAACAGAGUUGAGUGUGCAAAUAAUCAUGUGUUAGUGGUACAGCCAGAAGAGACAGCCAGAAGAGGACUGGUCACACCUCGGAGCCUGGUUCCUCUCUAGGUUAUUUCCUAGGUUCCUGCCUUCUAGGUAGUUUUUCCUAGCCACUGUGCUUCUGCAUCUGCAUUGCUUGCUCUUUGGGGGUUUUAGGCUGGGUAUCUGUAAAGCACUUUGUGACAACUGCUGAUGUAAAAAGGACUUUAUAAAAUACAUUUGAUUGAUUGAUUAGUGUAUGUGACAACAGAUAUCAAAUAAUGUGUUCAACAUCUAACAUUACUAUUUAUUUUCAUUUUUUCGUUUUUAGCGAGCUUUAACACAUGAAUACCCAGAGUAUGUUAAAAUUGUUGAAGUCGGGCCAAGAGACGGACUUCAAAAUGAAAAGGUAUAUAUUUUAAUCACAGUCACCCAUCUGACAUACACAGAACCCCCCCACCACCCAUGAACACCCAAAUAAGUAAUGUACAUUUAGGGGAGACUGGGGUUGGUUGUCUACAUAUUUCUAAUUUAAUUUAUAAAAUAGUUAGUUGUUUGAGAGAGUGGUGAAUGUGCUGCUAAAAAGGCAAAUCUGGGAGGAAAAUCCAGGGGAUGCAGGCGAACAUAACAGACAAACCACUGUUCAUGAUUCUACUCGUUCGCAAAGAGGCAGGCGCAAAUAAAUCUCAGUCAGAUCAAGAAUUGUCACAGUGGCUGAUGUGGAUGUGGUGGAGGAGUCACACGCAGGACACAGAAGCUAAGUCCAACCGACUUUACUGAACACAAUAAUAUAGAGACACUGGCCUCAACAAAAUAGGAGGCGGACUAUGCGCAACAAUGCGCAAAACACAAGUAAUCCAAAGAGCACGAAAACAGUACAGUGCGAUGACAGGAAAUACAAAGUACAAACGACGAGCCGCACCUGAUGACAGGCGAACAAUAACACACAAUACUUGACAAACAAAACGAGAAACUUAUAGGGGACAUAAUCAACCCAAAUGGAAAACAGGUGUACAAUAAAGACAAAACCAAACGAACAUCGAUAACAUACAACGGUGGCAGCUAGUACUCCGGGGACGACGAACGCCGAAGCCUGCCCGAGCAAGGAGGAGGAGCAGCCUCGGCCGAAACCGUGACAGUACCCCCCCCUUGACGCGCGGCUCCAGCCGUGCGCCGACCCCGGCCUCGGGGACGACCAGGAGGACGCGGAGCAGGGCGCGUGGGUUGACCACGGUGGAACUCUGUCAGGAGAGACGGGUCUAGGAUGUCCCUCCUCGGCACCCAGCACCGUUCCUCCGGGCCGUACCCCUCCCACUCCACGAGAUAUUGGAGACCCCCCAUCCGACGUCUCGAAUCCAAGAUGGACCGAACUGUGUACGCCGGAGCCCCCUCGAUGUCCAGUGGGGGCGGAGGAGUCUCUCUGAUCUCAUCGUCCUGGAGUGGACCAGCUACCACCGGCCUGAGAAGAGACACAUGGAACGAGGGGUUAAUACGAUAAUCACUAGGCAGUUGUAACCUGUAACACACCUCGUUCAAUCUUCUCAGGACUUUAAAAGGCCCCACAAACCGCCGACCCAGUUUCCAGCAGGGCAGGCGGAGGGGUAGGUUUCUGGUAGAGAGCCAGACUCGAUCACCAGGUGCGUACACCGGCCCCUCACUGCGGUGGAGAUCGGCGCUCGCUUUCUGACGACGGAUGGCCCGCUGCAGGUGGACGUGUGCAGCGUUCCACGUCUCCUCCGAGCGCCGCACCCACUCAUCCACCGCAGGAGCCUCGAUCUGGCUCUGCUGCCACGGUGCCAGAACCGGCUGGUAACCUAACCCACAUUGGAAAGGGGUUAGAUUGGUUGAGGAGUGGCGGAGAGAGUUCUGGGCCAUCUCUGCCCAGGGAACAUACCUCGCCCACUCCUCCGGCCGGCCCUGGCAAUAAGAUCUGAGAAACCUACCCACAUCCUGGUUCACACGUUCCACCUGCCCAUUACUCUCCGGGUGGUAACCCGAGGUCAGGCUCACCGAGACCCCCAAACGCUCCAUAAACGCUCUCCAGACUCUGGAGGUGAACUGGGGACCUCGAUCAGACACUAUAUCCUCGGGUACCCCGUAGUGCCGAAAAACGUGGGUGAAUAGUGCUUCGGCGGUCUGUAGGGCAGUAGGAAGACCCGGCAUUGGGAGCAGACGACAGGCCUUAGAGAACCGAUCCACAACGACCAGUAUAGUAGUAUUCCCCUGCGAGGGGGGAAGGUCUGUGACGAAAUCCACCGAGAGGUGAGACCAUGGUCGUUGUGGAACGGGCAGGGGUUGUAACUUACCCCUGGGCAGGUGUCUAGGCGCCUUACACUGGGUGCACACCGAGCAGGAGGAGACAUAAACCCUCACAUCCCUGGCUAACGUUGGCCACCAGUACUUAGCGCUAAGGCAGUGCACAGUCCGGCCAAUACCAGGAUGUCCAGAGGAGGGUGACGUGUGAGCCCAAUAUAUCAGUCGAUCCCGAACCUCGAGCGGAACGUACGUCCGACCCACCGGGCACUGUGGAGGACUAGGGUCGGUACGCAACGCCCGCUCGAUUUCAGCACCGACCUCCCACACUACCGGUGCCACCAGACAAGACUCCGGCAGUAUGGGAGUGGGCUCAACGGACCUCUCCUCCGUGUCAAACCGCCGAGACAGUGCGUCUGCCUUACCGUUCUGGGACCCAGGGAUGUACGUGAUCUUAAAUACGAACCGGGCUAAAAACAUGUUCCACCGCGCCUGGCGAGGGUUCAAUCUCCUAGCUGCCCGGAUGUACUCCAGGUUACGGUGGUCAGUCAAAAUGAGAAAAGGGUGUUGAGCCCCCUCAAGCCAAUGCCUCCACACCUUUAGGGCCUGUACCACGGCUAACAGCUCCCUGUCCCCUACGUCAUAAUUUCGCUCCGCCGGGCUGAGCUUUUUGGAGUAAAAAGCACAGGGGCGGAGUUUAGGUGGCGUGCCGGACCGUUGCGAAAGUACGGCCCCAAUACCGGCCUCUGACACGUCAACCUCUACCUGAAAUGGUAAAGCGGGAUCCGGAUGCGCCAGCACCGGAGCCGAAGUAAACAGGUCCUUCAGUCUCCCAAAAGCCCUGUCCGCCUCGGCUGACCACUGCAAACGCACCGGACCCCCCUUCAACAGAGACGUUAUUGGAGCUGCCACCUGUCCAAAACCCCGGAUAAACCUCCGGUAGUAAUUUGCAAACCCCAAAAACUGCUGCACCUCUUUAACAGUGGUUGGAGUUUGCCAAUUACGCACGGCUGACACCCGGUCAACCUCCAUCUUCACCCCUGACGCAGACAACUGAUAACCCAAAAAGGAGAUAGACUCCUGGAAAAACAGACAUUUCUCUGCCUUGACAUACAGGUCGUGCUCCAACAGCCUCCUCAACACUCGGCGCACCAGGGCUACAUGCUCGGCUCGGGUAGGAGAGUACACAAGAAUGUCAUCAAUGUACACGACCACACCCUGCCCCUGCAUGUCCCUGAAAAUCUCAUCCACGAAGGAUUGGAAGACUGAAGGAGCGUUCAUCAACCCGUAUGGCAUGACGAGAUACUCGUAAUGACCUGAGGUGGUACUAAAUGCUGUCUUCCAUUCACCGCCCUCUCUAAUGCGCACCAAGUUGUAUGCGCUCCUGAGAUCUAGAUUUGUGAAGACACGCGCCCCGUGCAAUGACUCCAUCAUAGUCGCAAUCAGAGGGAGUGGAUAACUGUAUUUCACAGUGCUCUGAUUGAGACUACGGUAAUCAAUGCACUGGCGCAAACCUCCGUCCUUGUUCUUCACAAAAAAUAAGCUUGAGGACGCAGGGGAAGUGGAUGGCCGUAUGUAUCCUUGUCUCAGAGAUUCGGCUAUGUAAGUCUCCAUAGCUCUCUUCUCCUCUUGAGACUGAGGAUACACAUGGCUCCGUGGAAGCGCUGCUCCUGCCUGGAGGUCUAUCGCACAAUCUCCCUGCCUAUGAGGAGGCAACUGCGUCGCCCUCGAUUUACUGAACAUGAUUGCCAAAUCCUCAUACUCAGGGGGAAUGUGCAGUGCGGUCACCUGGUUUGGACUCUCCACCGAGGUCGCCCCCACGGAAACACCUAGACAUCGCCCCACACACUGGGCAGACCACUCCUUAAGAGCCCUCUGUUGCCACGAAAUAGAAGGAUUAUGGGUAAUCAACCAGGGAAGCCCCAACACCACCGGAUACGCAGGAGAGUCAAUCAGAUAUAGCUGAAUAGUUUCCUCAUGACCCCCCGCGUCCUCAUCCUAUGUGGCGCUGUGACCUCCCUAAUCAACCCCGAUCCCAAUGGAUGGCUGUCUAAAGCAUGGACAGGAAAUGGGGCGUCGACAGGAAGAAGGGGAAUUCCUAGUUUUAAACAAACAUUUCGAUCAACAAAAUUCCCAGCUGCGCCUGAAUCUACUAGCGCCUUAUGCUGGGAAUGAGGUGCUACCUGAGGAAAAUGUACAGGUAAACAGACGUGCACAACAGAGAGCUCUGGGUAAGUGGGACGCCUACUCACCUGGAAUGACUCCCCAGUGCGUGGCCUGUUGUCCUCUCCCCUAGGAGACCCUCCCCAGCACCUAGCCGCAGUGUGCCCUCCACGACCACAGUUGGUGCAGGGGACAGCCCCCCUCGGGCUCCUCCUCCCCCUCUCUCUAGCGCCAGCACCUCCGAGCUCCAUAGGGCUCGGCUCGGAGGUGCUGGAGGGUGGAAUGGACGACCCCCACUCGGAACGUCCGCGGGUGGCCAGCAGGGUGUCCAGCCGGAUGGACAUGUCCACCAGCUGGUCGAAGGUGAGGUGGGUAUCCCUGCAGGCCAGCUCUCGACGGACGUCCUCCCGUAGACUACAACGGUAGUGGUCGAUGAGGGCCCACUCAUUCCACCCUGCAUCCGCCGCUAGAGUCCGGAACUCCAGGGCGAACUCCUGUGCGCUCCUCUUCCCCUGUCGGAGGUAGAAUAGAUGCUCCCCCGUCGCUUUCCCCUCAGGUGGAUGGUCGAACACGGCCCUGAAGCGGCGAGAGAACUCUGCGUAGGUGAUGGUAGCAGCGUCUAUCCUCCUCCAUUAGGCGUUGGCCCACUCCAACGCCUUGCCGGUGAGACAGGAGAUGAGGGCGGAGACGCUCUCGUGUCCCGAGGGUGCCGGGUGUACGGUGGCCAGGUAGAGUUCCACCUUUUUUGGGGGGGGUUUUAUUUUUCCCCCCCCCUGUUUUGGGGGGGCCCCGGGGGGGAGAUUUUAUUUCAAUGGGGGGUUUUCCCGGGGGGUGGGGGCCCUUUUGGGGGGUUUGGGGGUUUUUUUUUCCCCGGGGGUUUUCCCCCCCUUUGGGGGGUUUUUUGGGGGGGGAAAGGGAAUUGGGUUCCCCGGGGGUUUUGGGGGGGGGGGGUUGGGGGUUGUGGACUUAUUUUUUGGGUCCCCCCCCCCGUUGGGGGGGGGGGGGGGCCCCCUUUUGGGGGGGCCCCUUUAAAUUCGGGGGUUUUGGGAAAGGGGAAAAAUUUUAAAAGGGGGUUUUGGGGGUUAGGGAAAAAUUUUUACCGGGGUUUUUUAACGGGGGCCCCUUUUUCCCUCCUUUUAAUUUCCCCCCAUUUUCCCCAAAAGUCCAUCCUCCCCGGGCCCCCAAACCCGGGGUCCCCUUCUUCCCUACUCAAUUUUUUUUCUUCACAUGGGGGGAGGGGGGAGUCACACGCAGGACACAGAAGCUAAGUCCAACCGACUUUACUGAACACAAUAAUAUAGACACUGGCCUCAACAAAAUAGGAGGCGGACUAUGCGCAACAAUGCGCAAAACACAAGUAAUCCAAAGCGCACGAAAACAGUACAGUGCGACGACAGGAAAUACAAAAUACAAACGACGAGCCGCACCUGAUGACAGGCGAACAAUAACACACAAUACUUGACAAACAAAUCGAGAAACGUAUAGGGGACAUAAUCAACCCAAAUGGAAAACAGGUGUACAAUAAAGACAAAACCAAACGAACAUCGAUAACAUACAACGGUGGCAGCUAGUACUCCGGGGACGACGACCGCCGAAGCCUGCCCGAGCAAGGAGGAGGAGCAGCCUCGGCCGAAACCGUGACAAGAAUAUAAGCAUUCAGCACUUUGAUCAGUGCUGGGAGCAAUAUUUAGAUGUUGACCCUUAAUUGAUUUUCUUUAUUAUGUACUAUGUAUUUAUUGUGUACUAUACAGUGCCUUGCAAAAGUAUUCAUCCCCAUUGGCGUUUUUCCUAUUUUGUUGCAUUACAACCUGUAAUUUAAAUUGAUUUUUAUUUGGAUUUCAUGUAAUGGACAUACACAAAAUAGUCCAAAUUGGUGAAGUGGAAUGAAAAAAAUAACUUGUUUCAAAAAGUGGUGUGUGCAUAUGUAUUCACCCCCUUUGCUAUGAAGCCCUGAGAUCUGGUACAACCAAUUACCUUCAGAAGUCACAUAAUUAGUUAAAUAAAGUCCACCUGUGUGCAAUCUAAGUGUCACAUGAUCUAUCACAUGAUCUCAGUAUAUAUACACCUGUUCUGAAAGGCCCCAGAGUCUGAAACACCACUAAGCAAGGGGCACCACCAAGCAAGCGGCACCAUGAAGACCAAGGAGCUCUCCAAACAGGUCAGCGACAAAGUUGUGGAGCAGUACAGAUCAGGGUUGGGUUACAAAAAAAUAUCAGAAACUUUGAGUAUCCCACGGAGCACCAUUCAAAUCCAUUAUAAAAAAAUUGAAAGAAUAUGGCACCACAACAAACCUGCCAAGAGAGGGCCGCCCACCAAAACUCACGGACCAGGCAAGGAGGGCAUUAAUCAGAGAGGCAACAAAGAGACCAAAGAUAACCCUGAAGGAGCUGCAAAGCUCCACAGCGGAGAUUGGAGUAUCUGUCCAUAGGACCACUUUAAGCCGUACACUCCACAGAGCUGGGCUUUACGGAAGAGUGGCCAGAAAAAAGCCAUUGCUUAAAGAAAAAAAUCAGCAAAACUGUUUGGUGUUCGCCAAAAGGCAUGUGGGAGACUCCCCAAACAUAUGGAAGAAGGUACUCUGGGCAGAUGAGACUAAAUUUGAGCUUUUUGGACAUCAAGGAAAAUGCUAUGACUGGUGCAAACCCAACACCUCUCAUCACCCCGAGAACACCAUCCCCACAGUGAAGCAUGGUGGUGGCAGCAUCAUGCUGUGGGGAUGUUUUUCAUCGGCAGGGACUGGAAACUGGUCAGAAUUGAAGGAAUGAUGGAUGGCGCUAAAUACAGGGAAAUUCUUGAGGGAAACCUGUUUCAGUCUUCCAGAGAUUUGAGACUGGGACAGAGGUUCACCUUCCAGCAGGACAAUGACCCUAAGCAUACUGCUAAAGCAACACUUGAGUGGUUUAAGGGGAAACAUUUACAUGUCUUGGAAUGUCCUAGUCAAAGCCCAGACCUCAAUCUAAUUGAGAAUCUGUGGUAGGACUUAAAGAUUGCUGUACACCAGCGGAACCCAUCCAACUUGAAGGAGCUGGAACAGUUUUGCCUUGAAGAAUGGGCAAAAAUCCCAGUGGCUAGAUGUGCCAAGCUUAUAGAGACAUACCCCAAGAGACUUGCAGCUGUAAUUGCUGCAAAAGGUGGCUCUACAAAGUAUUGACUUUGGGGGGGGGGGGGGGGUGAAUAGUUAGCACGCUGAGGUUUUCUGUUUUUUUGUCUUAUUUCUUGUUUGUUUCACCCAAAAAAUUAUUUUGCAUUUUCAAAUUGGUAGGCAUGUUGUGUAAAUCAAAUGAUACAAACCCCCCCAAAAAUCAAUUUUAAUUCCAGUUUGUAAGGCAACAAAAUAGGAAAAAUGCCAAGGGGGUGAACACUUUCGCAAGCCACUGUAUAUAUAAAUCCCAAUAUAUUUGCCUCCCAGAGUUGCCCUUUUAGCAGCACAUUCACCAAUCUCAAGCGGCUAACUCUGCCCUCUCGCGGCACAGGCCGAGGGAGACAUGAAACAAACUACCCCAUCUCGCAGUCAGCUCAACAGGCAACUAGUCUAGAGACGCUGCUGACGGAGUGUUUGCGAGAUGCUGGACAAAAAGCAAUUUUAAAGCCAUCCUGACACUUCUGCCGUGUCUACAGACAUCCCCCAAACAUACAUAAAUGAGUGCCCAACUGGUAAAUAGUCGUUUAUAGAUAUGUCAGUCAGGUGGCUAUCUGCCAGCAGAGACUUAUAUUGCAGUAACGUUGAAGGGCUCUGGCUAGUAUUACUUAUCAAGCUAGAAGGAUUAAAUAAGAAGCUAACGUUAAACGGAGCCUACCUCAGCAGGAGCAAAAAAUACGCUAUUAAGUUGUAAUAAUAACUUUGCUUUACAGAGAGUAGGCUCCUGAGACAGACAGUGAUGUGGCGCUCAGUGGUGAGGCUGAGAAAGUCCCCCCCUUCUGGACCUCACUAAAACUCAAAUCCUAGUUAUGGCCCUGUGUCUCAGGGGAUGGUUGUCACAUGGAAUAUGGGGUUGGUUGUCACUAUCAACAUUACCACUGCCAGUAUACAAUAAAUCCCAAGCUUUUUUGUGCUUGUGCUGUAUAGAGCUCCCUUCAUUGCCUCUCUUUCAAGCACAUCUUUUUUCUGUUACACAACCACACAUGCACACAUGCAUAAAAGCUGAACACAUGCAUACACAAAUCUAUUCAAAAUGUCAUGUUAUUCUCAAGGCAUAAAAUGCAGAAUUUUGUUAGGAAUAUCGUUCGAUCAAAGAAAGGCUAUUUCUAAGACUCGGUUUUCUAUAUUGCUUCAUUUUCUGUUGCAAAAGGAAUAAGCUACUAGCAAACAUUGUGACGACCAACCCCAUACUGGGUGACAUCCAACCCCGCAAUGGGUCUGGUUGUCACAAAUUGACAGAGUGUGUUUGAUGGCUAAAAACUACAUGUUGGAAUAAUAUAUGAGGAUAAAAAGGUCCCAAUUUCAACCCAAGACCUUGGUCUUUCUCCUAACAUUGAAAAGAGUCUUGUAAGAUAUACUGGUGCUGAGAAAUACACAUGAGUGUAAAACGUGUGAAAACCAAUCCCGGUCUCCCCUACAAAUGAUUUAUGUUCACUACACACUACACCAUUACAAACUCAAUAUGACAUAUGAAAGCUGAAAGCUUACUUUCUUUGUGGCAAGCCCACAUUUAGUUUUGUAUUACGUAACAAUCAUUUUGAUUGAUUCCUGGUUGAUUUUAUGAUCCCCUUAAACAUAUGGAUUAUUUUUCUAUGAUUACCCCAGGCAUGUGUUUCACAUUUUCUUCUCAAAAAAGUGAUUGAUCAAAUGAACACCAACUGCCCUUGAAUUCUAUGGGAAACAUGACAUAAUUUUACCAGAUGGCUCAUAUGUUGUAUGUUCAGUAUGAGUACAGUAUGUCACAACUUUAUUGUUCCCAUAUUCAAGUCUGCUGUAGCUGUACAGAUUGACAUGAUGACAAAGUCAAACUCUGGGGGUACAACACGCUGUAAUUGUAGGAAAUAUGUUUGGAAUAAGCAGAUGUAGCAGGUGAGUGCCGUAAAUUACUCUGAUUGCAAAGACAUUGCAGCUGAAUUGUCCAGAUGUCCACUCCACGUAUACCUCCAAUCUUGAGAGGGGAUCAGAAUCAGAUCCUGAAAGAGCCGGUCUACAUUUCAUUGUUUUCCAGGAAAUGGUUCCAACAGGAGUCAAAAUCCAGCUGAUAGACAUGCUCUCAGAAACAGGCCUGCCUGUGAUCGAGGCCACCAGCUUUGUGUCUUCAAAGUGGGUACCGCAGGUAAUAACUCUUCUUUGUGUGCCCAGAAAGUGUGCUGAGUGAUUUUAUUAGGCUCUUAUUGUUCUCCCCAGCACUACUGAGGGGAAAGCUGCUCCUCCAGCAUCCCAGUUAUGCCCUGGACUCGCAGAUGUUUUGGGGGGGAAAUCCUUGAGAUAUAGGCCUAUUCCGGAACAUGUUCUGCAAGCACUUUAUUUUGUUUGCAUGUGUAAAAUAUAA